AAAGUAGUAAUAUAUCCACUAAAACUCACUCACAGGGUUCCCCGUAGACCAAGAUGCCCGUAACUUGGAGGUCCGGAUAGGAGCCGUGAGAAAUAAGUGCACUGUAGUUGAGCACUCCACUGCACUACUGUCUCCCCUGUAUGCCGUGUUGGGGGGUUUGGUGGGCGUUUGAGGCUCAUGUCAUACAUGAUCAUGCUUAGGCUCGUUCUGAGAAAGUAUGGAUUUUUAACUCCUGAUUGGUUUGUGCAAUGUGUUUAUAUUGGUUUAUCAAUGCCCCAUCACAAGCUGUAUAGUAUGUAUUCGUAACCGUGUACGAAUUGCUCAUUUGUCUUUUCUUCUUCCUACUGCUUGCUUGCUGAGGCUGCUGUUGCUGUUGUUGUUGUUGUUGUUGUUGUUGUUGUUGUUGUUGUUGUUGUUGUUGUUGUUGUUGUUGUUGUUGUUGUUGUUGUUGUUGUUGUUGUUGUUGUUGUUGUUGUUGUUGUUGUUGUUGUUGUUGUUGUUGUUGUUGUUGUUGUUGUUGUUGUUGUUGCACGCAGGUACGUCAUUUGGAUUGGGUGGACUUGGUGUGGCCGGAAAUAUUGCGCGCUUUGCAGCAGGAGGCCACCAACCGACUGGUCGACAUGAAAUAUCCCAAAGUGCAAAAGUACUGCCUGAUGAGCGUCGGUGGCUGCUACACAGAUUUCCGUAUCGACUUUGGUGGCACAUCCGUCUGGUAUCAUAUUCUCAAGGGUGGAAAGGUUUUCUGGCUGAUUCCUCCGACCCCAAUCAAUCUUCAGGUCUAUGAGCAGUGGGUGUUGUGGGGUAAACAGCAGGAUAUCUUCCUGGGUGACAUGGUCGAGACGUGUGCCCGCGUCGAAUUGAAACCAGGCUGGACUUUUGUCAUUCCUACUGGUGAGUGAGUGUGAGUGAGAUUGUGUAAGUGUGUGUAUGUAUGUGCCAGCUAGUUCGGUUGGUGGGUGCACUUAUGCCUGAUUGUGUUGGGUCUGUUGCCAACGGGCUCGGCUGCUUGAAGGUGUAAUGCGUGUGUGUGUGUGUGUGUGUGCAUGUAUGUGUGUGUGUGUGUGUGUGUGUGUGU